CGGCAAUGUGAUACGUGGUCAUGAUAAAUUAUGAUUGUUUGAUUCAUUCCAAUUAGAACACCUUAUUCUUUCGUAGUUCGAACUGUAUUUAGAAUGACUUCAUCCAAGCUGAAGCGUGAUGAAAUCCUUCUGCUUUUCGAUGUGGAUGGCACUCUCACAUUUCCACGAAGUGUCGUGCAACCAGAAUUCGAAGAAUUCUUUUACUCGAAGGUGAAGCCGCGGGCGACCAUUGGAAUUGUCGGUGGCUCUGACUUGGAGAAGAUGUUUGAACAGCUGAAUGGCAAAAAGAUAUUGAAUGAAUUUGAUUUCGUAUUUCCCGAGAAUGGACUGGUGCAAAUUGAGCGUGCCCAAGAGGUCGGUAAACAGAAUAUCAUUAAACACUUGGGCGAAUCCACUUUGAAGCGGUUCAUCAAUUUUGUGCUACGAUAUCUCUCUGAACUGGACAUUCCGAUUAAGCGUGGAACGUUUAUAGAAUUCCGAAAUGGUAUGAUGAACGUCUGUCCUAUUGGUCGCCAAUGUAGCCGGGAGGAGCGUAACAUGUUUGCUGCCUACGACCAGGAGCAUAAAGUACGAGAACAAAUGAUAGCUACACUGAAAAAGGAAUUCGCUGACAUUGAUCUCACAUACAGUAUUGGUGGCCAGAUUAGUUUUGAUGUUUUCCCACAUGGCUGGGACAAAACAUAUUGCCUUAGACACAUUGAGGCUAACUAUAAGAAUAAGUACAAGGAAAUUCACUUCUUUGGUGAUAAGACCGAACAAGGUGGUAAUGAUUUCGAGAUCUAUACUGAUCCUCGCGUUAUUGGUCAUAAGGUGACUUCGCCACAUGAUACCAAAGACAUUUUAACUGAAAUCCUGGAACUAUGAUGUCGUCUCCCUUGUGCCAAAAAUUCCAAAAACAUGUUAACUUUCCAUUAUGUAAAUAAGAUUGUUAAACAAAAAUUUAAAUAUAUAUAUUCUUAUAGUUCAUGCAAA